GAGCCGCGUCCGGCCGAAGGGCGUGGCCAAAGCCGGGCCUCGAGCGUUUGCGCCUGCGCGGUGCGCGGAAACGAAGGGAGACGGGGAGACCUUCAGCUUUUUGACAAGGAGGGACGGUCAGGCGGCUGAGGCGGCGGGAGAGGCGCCCGUGAGGUAUACUUAAAAGAGGCGAGCCCUUCUGUAGAUUCACAGUGAGAAGUAAAUGAUUUAGGAGCUAAGCUGUGAAAUACAGAGUCUGCAAUCAUGUUCGCCUGUCCCCCUAGAGUGUCAGACCCCAUGAAUAUCCCACCAGCUUAUUGUGACCUGGGGAAAUCUGCUAGGGAUGUAUUCAACAAAGGAUAUGGGUUUGGAAUGGUCAAGUUAGAUUUGAAGACCAAGUCUUCCAGCGGAGUGGAAUUUACUACUAGUGGCUCUUCCAACACAGACACAGGCAAAGCCUCAGGCAACCUUGAGACUAAGUAUAAAUUUAAGGAUUAUGGACUUACAUUCACUCAGAAAUGGAAUACUGACAACACCUUAGGCACAGAGCUCACCAUGGAAGAUAAGUUGGCUGAGGGAAUGAAGUUGAGUCUUGAAACCAUGUUUGUACCAAAUACAGGGAAGAAAAGUGGGAAGUUGAAGACAUCUUACAAACGAGAAUAUAUAAAUUUAGGUUGUAACGUUGACAUCGAUCUCUCAGGACCAACCAUUUAUGGCUGGGCUGUUUUGGGCUAUGAUGGUUGGCUGGCUGGCUAUCAGAUGGCUUUUGACACAGCUAAAUCCAAACUUUCACAGAAUAAUUUUGCCUUGGGUUACAAGGCAGGAGAUUUCCAGCUGCAUACAAAUGUGAAUGAUGGCACUGAAUUUGGUGGCUCAAUCUACCAGAAGGUUAAUGACAAGGUUGAAACAGCUGUAAGUCUUGCUUGGACUGCCGGUAGUAAUAACACUCGGUUUGGCAUUGCCUCCAAAUACCAGUUGGACGAUAAAGCCUCUGUCUCGGCCAAAGUGAAUAAUGCCAGCCUCAUUGGACUUGGUUACACUCAGACUCUCCGACCUGGUGUGAAGUUGACUCUCUCAACUUUGAUCGAUGGCAAGAAUUUCAGCACCGGCGGCCAUAAAAUCGGUCUGGGAUUUGAGCUGGAAGCUUAACGUAGGUAUUGAUGAAGUAUUAGAUCUUUAUUUGGAAGAUGAAGGAGAAAAUAAACCCCACAUGUUCUGGCCUUAAACUCUUCUGUGAAACUUCAAAAAGCGUGAACUUGAUAUUCUUCCAAAGAAUUGUUGUAACCCCCCAACACUGAAGUCUGGAGAGUGCAACCUAAUGAAGGGCAAUACUUGAAGGAAUGCAUGGAAGUUGUAAUGGUUGUAAUGUUACAUGGAAGUUGUAAUGCUACAUUUCAGUUCAGUUCUUCAGUUAUUUUAAAAGUGUUCCUUGGAAGACAGCAUAGCAUCUGGUUAAAGGAAGAAUCUCCCACUUCCCAUCCUUCUGUGUUACUUCAUCACAUCGUGCAUGUCCGACAUUUCACGACCUUUUGUAAAACUGGUCUCUGUGCUGUAGUGAAAGCUUUGGUUUUGCAUCAAAAUGGAAAUAAAUGAAAUCACAUUUGGAACCCAAUCCUUUGUUUGAUUAAUGCUACUUUUAAAAUCCUAAAUGUUCUUAGUUUGGGACCAAACCAGCCAAGAUAGGAAAAUAAUUGUUGGAAGGGGAUUGCAUGACGUUUCUGUAACUCACACAGUUUUUGCUGCCAAAGGAAAUGCUUUAAAACUGCUGCUCUCUCUUUUGAGUAGAAAAACUAGAUUCUUUUAUAUAGCACUUGAUAGAGAAUAAAUAUACUUGGUAGUAGCAAGUUAAAUGACCCCUUCUUCACCACUGGAGGAAGACAUGCUGAAUAGUGGCGCUAUUUGGGAUAUUAUUAUUAUUUUUGCUAUUUCCCUCUCGAGGAAUAGCAUGAUCACAAUGUGUGCCUUUCAGAUACUAUCAAAUUAAUACUGCUCAACAAAUAAAUCAAUAAAAUAG